GGUCUAUUGGAUGUAGAGUUGGGCACAUUCAGAAGGAUGCUUAAGGGCAAGAAGAAGGAAUGUGAUCCAGAUUCUAAUGAUGGUGAUGGGCUAGAUGUGAUGCAACCCAAGCAUGGUGGGGCAAGAGAAGAUGGUGAAACAAAUGAUACAACAAUUGGAGGUGUUUUGAGUUAG